UCCAUGUAUCUCCUUCUUCUCCUGUUUCCUCCUCUAACAUCAGAAAAGCUGCAUUUUAUCCUAGUGAAGUCCAAUUCUUCCAUGUGGGAUUCACGCCUUUGUAGUGCCUUGAUCCACCUGAGCUGUGACUGUAUAAUUGCAGCAGAACCAGGGUCUCUAGGAAGAGAGCCUCUUUCUAGUACUACAGAUUGUCUCCAAAGCUUGCUACAACUCGGAGAGUUUAAGAGUAGCAGCGUUGGCCUCAAACCAAGAAAGUGUUGAUUUCUAAUAUCUAUUGAUAUGAUCCACGUACAUGAAAAAACUGAAGUCCUCAAAAUUUUGAAGAGUUCAAAGGGUUCCUGAGCACAAGAAGCUUGAAAACCACUGUUUAACCUCAGUAGUCCUCCUAAAUCUCUGAGGAGAUGUGGAACGAGGUCAAAGGUCAGGGGAGGUGGCCAUGAGUGCUGAAUAACGUUUAUUCUAUGAUACAUCAGCAUGUAAAGGUGUGCAAGAUGAUCCAUUGUAUGAUGCAGUCUCACUCUGUCACCAGGCUGGAGUGCAAUGGUGUGAUCUCAGCUCACUGCAACCUCUGCUUCCCGGGUUCAAGCGAUUCUCUUGCCUCUGCCUCCCACGUAGUUGGGAUUACCAUCGCAUGCCACCAUGCCCGGAUGAUUUUUGUAUUACUAGUGGAGACGGGAUUUCGCCAUGUUGGCCAAGCUGGUCUCGAACUCCUGACUUCAAGUGAUCCACCCUCCUUGGCCUCCCAAAGUGCUGGGAUUAUAGGUGAGCCACCACGACCAGCCAACGAUUAACUUUCUUUCAACUCAAAGAUCUCUUAUUUAUAAACACCUGUUGUUUCAAUCCCAGUAUCAAAGCCUCUAUGUUGUCCUAUUUUCAUUCAAAGCACGUUGUCAAUCUUUUCAUCAAGGACACACUAUAAAUGGUAAACCUAUUUAGAAGGAAGUGACUAUGGUAUAAAUGGAAAAAGGUACAUUAUCAAAACAGAAAUAAUUAGUAAAAACUCUUAGUGAAAAAAAUUUGGAGAAGUU